CUUAACUUUUGCAUUUCAUGCACUGGUAUUUCCUUCAGGAAAUGCAUAUUCUAGUUGAGUUUACAAUUACCUUUGAAGAUGAGGAAAAUUGAGGAAGCAUUUGAAAGGAAGAAGCUAAGGGGGGGAUGGGUUGGAUGAAUGGGUAGUGUAUAGCAGGGUUUCCCAACCCAUGGGCAGGCCGCGCAGCACCAUCUAGUGGGCCGCGAAAAUGUUUCUGUCUUUUUUUUUUUCACGGAUUUUCCACAAGAACUGAUUUUUAGUUGAGAACAAUAUUAAUACAAUUUAUGAUUGAAAUUGGAUGUUUUAACCACAAUAUAAUAUAUCUUUCCGAUUCAGUUAGACGAGUCGACGGACGUCAGUAACGCUACAUUACUGCUGGUUUUUGUGCGUUAUCAUUGGAGCGGUACAUUACAGGAGGACAUGCUUUUCUGUGAAGAGCUACCAACUAGAACCACUGGCCAGGAAUGCUUUCGCUGCCUGGAUAAAUUCUUCACCCGAAAUGUGCAACCGGUCUGUACCUCCAGCCUUACAACAACCCGUAUGUCGGCCUCCAGAGAAUAUUUCACAGCUCCACCUUCGACUUAUGUAUGCAAACUGAAGAGAACUAUGAAGAGCAUUCUUACAAAGGUUCCCCGGAAUUCCAGGUGGUUCAGUGCGGUGUGAAGAGCUAUGCUGAUAGUGUCUUCCGUGGACCUGUUUCCUCUGUAUGCAAACUGAUGUAGGCCAAAUGUGGGGGGAAGGGUGGAUCUGAUGUGCGAUCUCUAGUGUGACGACAAGACUCACCGGUCUGUACUGUUUCAUCAUGGCUUAUCAACGCUUUCCAGCUAAUGUGCGCAUUAUUGGAGUGAUGCACAAGGAUACAAUUAAGAUGUUUAUGACCUCUGUGGUCUGGUCAGAUAAUAAUGAAGUGAUCAUCUACAGAGCCUUCAAAGAUUUCAAAAAACUUCACAAACAGUUGAAAAAGAAACAUCCAGUGGCAAAUCCUUUUCGCAAAGAGGAUAGAAUUCUCCCAAGAUUCAGAGGCAUGAAGAGGAACUUUCAUAGGAAGGGGCGGAGUAAGAGUGUGCACUACGUCAAAGCUCUGGAGAAAUACUGCACCGAGCUGCUCCAGUGUGACCCCAGUGUCACACAGAGUUCAGAGGUCGUCCAGUUCUUUUGCCCAAAAAAUCAUGACCUGGAACCAGAGUUUGCCAAGAACAGUAUCAUUAUAGUGCCAUCAGAUGUCCUAUCGGAGAUUCAAAGGGUUGGGACAGCAAACCCACAUGACAAGCGCCUCAGUAUGGGCAACAUAACUCAGCCUUUCCUGACUCAGACCUACCGCACCUUCGCCCCGUAUGAGACCAAGGACCUCAAGAACAGACCCUUCAAAGUGGACGUAAAUGAAACCCUAGAUGUCCUUAUCAAAGACCAAAAAGGCUGGUGGCUUGUGGAGAAUGAAGAGAAACAUCUGGCGUGGUUCCCUGCCCCAUACCUGGAGCCCUGUGAAGAGGACGACGAUGAUGACUUUGAUACUAAUUCCUCUGAAAGAGAUACAUUCUACUGUGCUGCAAGAAACUAUGUCUCUAAGAACAGAGAUGAAGUAUCUAUACACAUCGGCUCUGUUGUGGAAGUGUUGCGCAAGUCUGGCGAUGGCUGGUGGCUUAUCAGAUACAGCGGCAGUGUUGGUUACGUGCCAUCAAUGUACCUCCAGCCUUACAACAACCCAUAUGUCGGCCUCCAGAGAGCAUUCCACAGCUCCACCUUCAACCUCAGCUGCCUGCAGCCGCCUCUUUCCCAGCGUCAGGGCAUCCCACGCAGGCUGGCCCCGACUAGUCAUUCCCAAUCCCUGGAGAACCUGCUGGAACCUCGUCGCGUGCAGGCUAACACGCCGCCUGACAGCCCCUCCGCGAGGCUCAAGGAGCCAGACAGCCGCAAGAGCAGCAUCAGCGCAGCCAGCGACGAUACUGACUUCAGCUUCAGCUCCUCGGGGAGCCUGUCAGGGGCAGAGGCGGAGCACGAGGCCCAGAUCCGUGGGUCCUCCACGGGGGAGGCAGAGGCCAGUGAUGGCCCCGACACUAGGGAGUCCAGCGGCGAGAUGAGCCCCAGCAGAUCCUGCAGUGGCAGCCCCAGUGACAGCCCCGCUGGCACCCCGACUGUCAGAGCCGCGACCCCACCCAGAGUGCCACCCAGGCCUCAGGCCCAGGAGAUCUUCACCCGCUGCACCACCUACACCCGCAAGGCGGCCAUGGCCUCCAGGGCCCGGCUCUUCCCACAGCAGAUGGAGAUCCAAACGCGCUAAUGGGAGAGAAGACACAUGAGCAGACACUGAAGUGUGCAGCUUUGGAGCAGAAUUAGAGUAGAGUUCAUGGGAGUAGUUAAACAGGACAUUAACAGGAUAAGGAGUAAAACGAGCAGUUUAUCUUAUACAUGGACAUAUUUAAAAGUUGUAUAUUUAAAUAGAAUUAGAAUGCGACACAGAGGAAGAGGGUAUUCUAUACUUAAUUGAGAUCCAUGGUUACUGUACUUGUAUUGGGUACCUAAUAUGUACAUGUGCCAUUUUUAUGUAAUGUUUACCUGUACUGUCUGUCUGUUAUAGCACUGUUUUCGCAAGAAUGGGAUUAAGAGUCUGAUUAUAUAAGAAUGUAUGGUUUCAUAUGGAUGUAUUUCCUUGAGGACCAAGUGAUGAAUGUUUUUUUGUAUUUAUGAAUUGAUGAAUGAUUGAUGAAUUGGAGACUCUGUUCUAUUUUCUUUCAAUGCUGUUUAAAGACAGUUUAAAAGGGUGGCAUUGUAACUUCUACAUGUACAUAUAUUUUACAUAUAUUUUAACUUAUAAUACAAAUUUCAAA